AAAACAAACAAGGUAAUAUUUCACAUUACCUUUCCCUUGUUAGCAUUAAACCCAAAGAGGAGGAAAAACCCUGCAACCGCUUUCAAACUGGUACUACAAAGAAACCAUGCUUAUCCUACACGCAUGCGCACCCUUUGUUCAAGCAUCCGGGCUUCCCUUCCUCCUAAACUCCCGCCACUCCCACUGCUUUGCCUCAUUCCCUACCAUUAAACUCCGACUCCGUACCUAUGCUCAGUUCAAGGCUUCUCCGUUCGCCCCCAAAGUGAGCCACAACUUGCAGGGAGUGAUUGCCGGAGAUGAAGGCCCAUACAACGAUGCAGAUGAUGUCGAAGACGAAGACGGAUUCUCGACUCGUCGUGGGUUCCGAGGGAGAGGGGAAGAGAGGGAUUACGAUAGAGACCCUGAAUUCGCUGAAAUAUUGGGGAGUUGUCUCGAUAAUCCAGAAAAGGCUCAGUCUAAAAUGGAAGAGAGGUUGAGAAGGAAAAGGAAUAAGAUUUUGCAUACAAAGACUGGUUCAGCCACACCCAUGAAAGUAACAUUUAACAAGUUUAAUUUCUCGAACUCAUAUAUAUGGUUCGAAUUUUACAAUGCUCCCUUGGAGAAAGAUGUAUCGUUACUUUGUGAUUCCAUUAGAGCUUGGCACAUCGUUGGACGCCUGGGCGGAUGCAAUUCCAUGAAUAUGCAAUUGUCUCAAUCUCCUUUGGAGAAAAGACCAAGUUAUGAUGCUAUUCAGGGUGCAAAUGUGACACCAACUACAUUUUAUAACAUUGGCGAUCUUGAGAUUCAACAGAACCUGGCACGUAUCUGGGUGGAUAUUGGUACCGGCGAGUCCCUGAUUCUGGAUUUGUUGAUAAAUGCAUUGACUCAGAUAAGCUCGGACUUUGUUGGAAUCAAGCAAGUUGUAUUUGGCGGAUCUGAAUUCGAGAAUUGGAAGGAAAAUAUGACAUCAGAGGAUGCAGGGUUCUCUGUCCACAAAAUUUAGCCAAACUAGCUGAGGAUUGUGGUCUCUUAGUCUCUAACAGGGCAAUUCUAUUUUCCCUGUGUUCGAUGUGGAUUAAGCCUUGUGAAAACAAUUGAAGCUUAAAAAGUCCAUUUUUGGUGCAGAGAAUAGUUUGUGGAUGAUGCUUGAAUAAUCUGCGAGAAAGCUACUUCUCUAAUUAUUUAUUCAUAAAUUUUUAAUAGGGACUAGAUGCACUCGUUUAGAUGAUGGGAGAAGAGUAAAGGUUGUAACUAUAAUGUUUGAUCGGUUAAAUAGCAAGGUAAAGGACUUUUAGUGUUACAAA